UCACGAGCUUCUUCCGCCAGCCCCGGUUUGGUGACGCGGCUCGGCCCGGCUCCUGAUUGCCGGCUGGGGGUUCCGCGCUGGCUGCAGCAUGUCGGCGCCGCUGCGGAGGCUCCGCGAGACCCCGCGGCACCUGCUGGUCUGCGAGAGGAGCCACGUGCGGCACGAGCGCUCUCGCCACGCGGCGCGCGUGCGGGGCCACGCCUACAACUGCCGCGUGUCAUUUUUGAUUCCUGAAUGUGGCGUGCUUCCAGAACCUCUGAAAAGUGUUACCACAGAUAUGGGAGAGUACUACCUGGUGAAGAAUUUACCCCUUCAUGAAUUGGUUGCACAGGAAUUUAUCAGUGCAUUUGUAAAGACAGGUUCGUGCUAUGCUCUUUCAUACAACACAAGAAUUGAUCAAGAUAAUACUGCUGCUCUACUACCAACGGGAAAACUAAUUUUAUCAGUGGACAAGGAUACUUAUGAGGAACUUGGACUACAGGGUCGUCCAUCUCGGUACUCUGGCAAAAAAAUAAUGAGAUAUAUUAUAACCAUUGACUUAACUGACUCAGCAUUUCAUUCUGAUAGCAAGAAAUAUAAAAGAGUUCUUUGGGCCUUAAGAGACAAGAAACCUUUGGAAUUUGAUUUUCUACUGUCCUGGCAUCACACAGGUGCUGACGGAUCAACAUUGAUGUCAUACUUUUCCAAACAUCAAAUACAGGCUCAUCAGCCAAAAAUAACAUUCAGCACAUUAAGAAAUUUGCAAUGUCCAGUGCUAUGUAGCAAUGAACUGCAAGGAAAGCCAGAAGAAUCAUGCAGUGCACAGGAACUAUUUGAAUGGCUAGGUGCUGUCUUCAGUAAUGUUGAAUUAGACAACAAGUCAUUUAGUUUUGUAUCAACUUAUUGCUGCCCUGAGCCCAGCACAAUGAUGGACCAAGCUUAUUUGUGCACAAUCACUGGGUUCAUACUUCCAGAGAAGAUAAUUCAGUUACUGGAUCAGCUCUGUGCUUAUUUUGAUGACCCCAAACUGGCGCAGUGGGUGACCUUAACUGUGCAUGGUUUUGCAGACAGCCCGGUUUCCUGGAGAGAAAAUGAACAUGGUUUCCAAAAGGGAGGAGAGAACUUGUACAAUUUUGUUGUUUUUAGGAGCUUGGACUACUGGCUUCAAAUGGCUGUUGGAGCCAAUGAUGAUUGCCCACCUUAACAUUCUGCCCACAGGAAAUGUUUGAUCCAAAAAAGAGUGUAAUGAUGUCUGAUAAGAUAUGCUUACAUGAUGAUCAGACAACCAUUUAACUCUUGAAAGGACAAAUAUAUAUCUGUUUAUUAUUUACCACUUCUUAAAUAUCAUCUACAAAAGAAGACAAGGACCUUUGCUUCUUUAUAAUGAAUGAAGCUUUCCAAAAGGCUUUCAAAUUAAAAGAAAGAAAACAAACAAUCCCCUCCUGCUUGUUGCUUUACAGUGGAAAUUUGAGUUUUGUCCAACCAGGGAGAGUCUUAGGCAGUUAGUGAACUUAGUAGGAUUAUGACAUGACAGAUACCAAGAUAGUAAAGCCUGCCUGAGAGAAAAGUGAUUUUUAUAUUGAUGGAUUUUAAAUGAUUUCCUUUUACCUAUUUGUAACUAAAAUACUAGGAGCUGAAUCUUUAAAGAGCUUUGCACCCAUCCCUGCAUUGUAAGAUCUAUAAAAAGCUCCCAGGUUUCAUUUUGAGACGUCUAGCUUGUCCAGUGACAGAAACAGAAAAGCAGACUUACUAUUCCUGACUGAUUUUUUUAAAAAGCAGGGAGAGCUCUUAUACACACAGCAGAGCAGAAGCCACAGACUCACUAUAUUGGGGGGGGGGGGGUUGAGGAGAGCGAUCCUUGUCAUUUAGCAUCAAUACAGAAACUUGGUCUUUCAGGAAAGCUACAUAUAAAAGAAAUAUUGUGACUCUUAUAGAUGGGACAGGUGAUGUACUAGAACAGGGGUGCCCAAAACAAUUCCCAAUUUACAUGCACUGGGACAGGUGGAGGCAGCAUGAAGCCAAUGGGGUGCACAGGGCCCAGUCCAGGUGCACAGGGUUGUGGGGGAGGUACGGCCAGAUCUGGCCUGUGGAGCUGUGUUAUUUGGCCUGUUUUGCUAUCCACGGGUCCACAAAUCUGGCAGCAAGGAGUGGUGGCAGCAGUUGCCACUCCCCUGCUACCAAAUGUCUGAACCCGUGGGGAGCCCUGCGCAUUGGAUAAUACAACUCUGUGCACUCUAUUGGGCACACGGAGCACUGCAGAGGCAGCACAGGUUCAAUUCCUGUGCACUAGGACAAAUGAGACUGAUGGCACACAGGGCACAGUCCAAGUGCAUGGGGGCAGGGCCUGAUCUGGCACCAGGCCAUUCAUCUGGCCCACCAGGCCCCAAGGUUAGACCACCACUGUUCUAGGAUUAAAUCCUGACCACAGGGUCCCAGGGAGGAGUCAAUGUGAAAACAGCUGUGUAGUCAACAGUAAUAGUAAGGCAGUUUGUUUUUCAAGGUCCCAGUCCAGUUUCCAUUGAAUCUGAUGGAAUUAUUUCCAUUAUCUUGACUAGGAGGGACUCAAAAUUCCAGGUAUAUACAAAUAAAACCACGAUGCUUUGCUAAAGUGGAGGUUGCUCACUUAACAACAACAACAACAAAAAAGGUAGACUGAUAGUAGAAGUUAAAUUGUGGCUGUAGAAAAAAAAUGCUAAGAGAUCUAUCAAGAUGACGUAGGUGCACAGUAAAGGAGAGCUUUCAAGGUCAAGAGUUUUUCCUAUUAGUAUUUUAUUGCUUCCACACAGUGCCUGGAGAAGCCUUGUUUACUGGAAGGUAUUGUGUGUUCUCUGUACGCUUCUUAUUAAAUGUGUUUAGUUUAAAUAAAUUUAAUUUACUUUUAAAAACUA